AUGUUGCAUGAAAUUUUUGGUUGUAGUAAUGAUGAUACUGCAUAUGUAACAACAGGUUUCGACAAAUCACUGGGAUCUGUAAACGUGACUGCAACCACAAGGAGACGACAGCGGACAACUUUUACAUCUGUCCAGGCGGACACAUUGGAAAAGGAAUAUCUCACAGAUCAGUAUAUGCCACGAAGUAGACGACUGCUGAUUGCUCGAUCAUUAGGUCUAAAUGAGAGUCAGGUGAAAACGUGGUUUCAGAAUCGUCGAGCCAAAGAUAAACGCAAUGAUAAAAAUGCUAAUCUGCUCAGGCAUAUCAAUUCAAAUACAUCUUCAUCGCCUGGUUCAUCACCCGAAACCAAUGAGAAUAAUGCUGCACUGAUCCAGCACUUAUGUUCUAAAACAUUCAACCAUAUGCAGUUGACACUUCGAUGAUUUACCCAAUAUUGUUAAUGUCAUCCUGUUCUUCGUACUACAGUGUUCUCUAACUACACCUGAUCUCAUUGUUUUCUACUGCAUGGACUGCUUUUCUUCACCACUGCUGAUGCUUAUUCCAC